AUGGGAGAUCUUUUUGGGCUGGCUUUUUCGUGGAUGAGAGCUUCACUGUUAAAACUUGAUCUGGCUUUCUUGCGGCCAUUAAUUUCGUUUGUGGGAAGAUCUGGCUUCGCUGUUGAGAAUGAAUCUGGGGCCGUUGAUUUCCGUUUGGGACGGUGUGUUGCAAAUCGGACCGCCCUUUUGCAAUUUGCAGAUCCCUUUGAACAUGGCGAGGUUUUUGUUCUCGAUGAUGGUGGAGAGGUUGAUUUAGACCUCGGCAACUACAAACGAUUCCUAGAUGUAACUCUUACUAGGGACAACAACAUUACCACCGGAAAGAUAUAUCAGGUUCUGCUGGAUAAGGAGGGGAUAGGCGAUUACCUUGGAAAGACUAUUCAGGUGAUAAUACAAAAUUACAAAUGUUGUUGCACAAUCAAUGCCAUUAAGACAUGGAUUGAAUCAGUUUCUCUCAUUCCUGUUGAUGGAAAAGAGGGCCAUGCAGAUGUUUAUCAGGGCCGGUCUUGA